ACCUUCGGCUUGCGCAAAAAGAUUUAACUGAUUUGAGUGAUGAUGCCGUGUUGAGCACUUUUCAGAAGUGCUAAACUAAUGCCAGAGCCUCUUGGCAGAAGAGCUUUCUCGGUCUUGAGCUGGUUGGGCCUUUCAUGAAGGAUUCACACAAUCUUAGAUAAUUCUCACAGAACCGUAUGCACCGUGUUUAUCCCAGCAUUUGAUCGUGAAUCUAAAUACCUUCUGAGAUCUUCCCUCAAGGUAUGACCUUGCAGGGUAGUACCUUCGAUCUCCUUCGAUAGCGCCAGCGGCGGCCGUUGUGUAGCUCAACGAGGUAGACGGACCCCCUUUCGUUCUGACCCCCUCAGUUCGGUUCAGGCCGACCAGUCUGCGGAGCGAUGUGGAGCCUGAAGUCGACGAUGUGAGCCUGAAGCGCCUGAAAUCGGUCAGAGGCUUGCUGUUCCAAGCUGAUGUGAGCUUUGUUGCAGAAUGCUUUGAGAAGCACAAGUGUCUUCGGUCAGUACGUGGACGUACCCAGGGCGCCGGUCUGUGGAUCUGACCUACUCAGUGCACCAAAUGAGGCAGUCUGAGCUCAGCUGACUCGGUCUCUCAAACCAUCAGUUCACAGCUGGUAGCAUGUUGCUGUCAGAGGGAAGAGAUCCAAAAAACCGCUUGAAGAGACCAAGACUGCUCAAGAUGCAACUGUGCUGUCCCUUUUUUAAAAGCUUUUCUCAGUUAAGUGCAAGGUUGUAGAAUUGAGAUCUAGCCAGAGGGGCAUGCAUCUCUUUUGAGACAAUGUGACUGUUGUCGCUGCCUGUUUGUACUGAGGCAGGCCUCGAUUACCUGCGCUUUAAGGGGUGGAUUUCUUUAAAUCAAUGCCAGAGGUCCUUACAUCUCGGUGCUAUACAUUAAAAUGUCCAAAUUCCAAAUGCCAUGGCUAUACGUGUAAACCAUUGUUUUCGACUGAAUCUUCUGGAACUGAAGCGGCUUCUUUGCUCACCUUGAAGACGGUCGGACUGUCGAGCUAUUGUUGUGGUCCGGCACCAAUACCUGCUGGUUUUGUCUUGGUUUGCUGCAUGCUCGGGCUGUUUGAAACCCAACUGUUGCGCAUACGCAGAUCUGUUGUGAUCCGUUGGCUGCGACGGGUUGAGACAGGGAAGGACACCCCGCCACCUCCAUCAUACCUUGGUUACAAGAGCACUCGCCACGGCGUUGUUUCCUUGAAAACCGCAGCUUCGACCCAAGUCAGCUACUUGGGUCAGUCACGUGAUGGCUUCGUGGUGGCUCAUGGUCGCACGGCUGAGCUAGGCGCUGAUGGGUGGAAGACAUUCGACAUGACGCUGGCUUAAUGGUUGCGUUCCAUUUAUUAGGUGGCAGCGGUGUUUGCGUUCCUUUUAUGUUUUGUCACAGAAGAAAAAGUCUGGACUUCAUUCGUAGACGGUGUGCAAACGCCCCAAAAGCACAGCUGGGUAAAAGUAUGAACGCCCAAAGCUGAGUACUUCAUCCCGGAGUAGGAGGUGCGCGAUCGGAGGGACAUGUUAGAACGGCGGCUGGUCUCAUAUAGAAGCGAUGGCCUCCAACCUAAUAGCAAUAGCCUCCAACCUACAAGCAAAGGCAUCCAACCUAAUAGCAAUAGCCUCCAACCUAAUAGCAAUAGCCUCCAACCUAAUAGCGAUGGCCUCCAACCUAAUAGCGAUGGCCUCCAGCCUAAUAGCGAUUUGGUGAAAACACGAGCAAAAUUCGCUAAUCACGUAUCCACAAGAGGCGGAUAAGACAUCGUGUGUGUCCCCCCCCUGGCUUCUAGGCCUUCUUGCGACCUUUGUGGAAGGUACAUACAAUGUAAAAAGUCGUGAGACUGAAGUGUGAAAAGUGCUCAGAUAGAGUGCCGAGAGAUCCUGUAAUUGCCGGUUGGGUCACAAGACAUGCAGAGAAGGACUUGAUUUCACAAGAACUCCGGGAAAAAACCGGGUCUUCUGUUCAAGCCUGUUUGUUCCGCACCCCGGCCCCGAAUACCGGGCUUGUUGUCGUGGGUGUCUUUUUCACGACCAGAAGACGCCGGAGAAGCGAUCCGUGGGGGUCGGCUGAAGGUUUUGCGGUCCGGAGUGCUGAAGUUGGGGAAGAGAGUGGCACCACCUUCCUAGUCGUCACGCACACUCCAACAGGACUGAGAGCCAAUGCCUGGCCGGGUCAAGUCAGUUUGUGGAUGAGCUCUCUGGGUGAGUGACGCUUCUUUGGUCCUUGCAGUCUGUCUUCCCCAAGAUUCUGGUGCCAGACAUUGACAUCACUGAUGCAUUCUGCCCCAGACCAUGCAUGUGUGGAACAGUUACAUUCCAGCAGUCACAAACGGGUGCUAAAUGGAGGUUAUGGGUGCCCACUAUCCACUCACUUAGGGACUAAACACCACCCCUUUGUGACUCCUGGUUUGCAUUUUCCCUGUUAUAUUCCCAAUGGAGGCUUUAUUCAGCAGUGCGCAGCUCAUUACAGCUCAUCCCGCGUGGAACGGGAGUUGUGGCGAAACGAGCCAUAGCCCAGAUGCCCAGAUGCCGUGGGUUCAGGCAACGCGACAUGUUCCAAGAGUUCGUGUCACCCAUCAGCCUGUGUGUAGGAGGGGUAAGCAGUAGACGUAGAUAGUGAAGACACCUUGAAGUCAGGCAGGUUGCUCAUGGUUCAUAAGAACCAUUCAUGGUUAACCAUCUUUCCGUGCCCCUCUCUCGAAAUCACCCAUUUCAAUAGUGCUUCAACUAGAAGUAUACUUCAGGUAGAGGAAAGUAUUGGAAGUGUUUCUAUAGUAUUGAUUGGUGCAUGACCCCGUCUUACUUCAGGUUCUGUCGGUGCUCCAGUCUCCUGUGUUGCAGCCAGUCGUUCUUCUGUUCUAUCCCCAAAUCGGACAACUGGGCUUUGAAGGACAGCCAUAAUUGACGGUCAGAAUUUGCAAGAGGUCACCGUGUUGACUCUUCAGUGGAAAUGCCAUGUAGCUAAAUCUGUUAGACGCAGAUUGAUGAGGCAUCAUCGUUGCUUCACCCUUGGCUGCUCCCAGCUUUUGUGGCCAGCCCUUUUUUCUGGCAGUGCGGCACCUGACCGUGAUUCUUUUUGUUGAACGUCCUUUCAAGCUAAAUCAUGCCUUAGGCUGUUGGAGACCACAGUGGUCGCUUCGCGCUGCUAUGCCGUGUGAGGGUCACAGAAGCUGCCGUGCGAAGCGUCGGAAAUAAGUUAAAUCAUGUCAAAUUCAAUGGUGUGAUGCGCAGGUGAUCCGUAGAUGGCCUUGUGCUCAACCUCUUUGACAAUCAGACCUGUGUGACCAAGCAUAUCACAUCUACCAAGCAACUUCAGACUGGUUGGUUUAUUCAACAUUUGGCCCUAGGGAUGCAGGUACCUCCUUAAUUGGAAGGUGUUCGGACCCUCACGUUGCCCGCAGAAAAUUUUAUCUAAUCUCCCUCUCAGAGGGUUGGCAGUGGAUCCAUAAGUUAAAAAGAGGGCGAUUGGCAACUUGGAAUUUGCCCAAUGUGAGACUUGUAAGAAGGUCCCAUGGCUGGAGAACUCUGCGGUUGAUCCAGCUGUGUGCUUCAAAAAUGGGUAGCAGUCCCGGUGUGGGGCCUCCGGUGUAUCCCGAUGAACCAGGCGCUGGAUAUAACAUCUUACCUGAAUAGGCUGCGUGCAGAAUUGGGAGUGCUUUAGCUUAGUACGUGGAUGGUGCAACAAGAGCCAACAUCGGAAGCUUUGCGAAGUCGCCAAGUGGGCCCAUUGAGACGGAUGCGAAGAUUCAGGAGCUUCAGCGGUAGAACUCGUUUGCUUCUUUGAAAUGCGGCCACUGAAAAAUGUCAAUCUUCCGCUUAAGAAUCAUCAGCUUUGCUGCCGUGUCGCGACCUCACUUCCUUGCAGACCAGUGGAGCCCAGACAGAACCACAUGCUUUUUCACUUGGGA